UCCAGAAUAAAUAAAUAACGGCCGUAAAAACUAAAAAGUGAUCUUUGACAGCAGAAGGGAAUAUCCAGUUUAGAGAGCAAAAAAUCCAAGCUUGAAACAUCAACACUGAUGACAUUGUCUGGAAAUUUGCAUCAACCAUGGAUUUCAAUACUUCCUUUCUCUCCACAAUUCAAAACCCAAAUGGACAUUAGUCAAAUUCAUGCAAAAUUACUAACCACUGGCCUCAUCAAGAAUCUUUACUUGACCCGAAAACUUAUCCUCAAAUUCUCAAACUCACCACACAAACCCCUGAUACAGUUUGCCAAAUAUCUCUUCUUCUCAAGUCAAGCCUUCGACGACUCACGAAAUAAAGCUGACCCAUUGAUUUGGAAUUCAGUAAUCAAGAUCUAUUCGCAUGGCAGUGACCCUGAGAACGCUUUGAAAGUGUUCGUUUUAAUGCUUGAAAGUGGGGUUUUAGUAGAUGAGUACUCUCUUUCCUUGGUGUUAAAAGCGUGUUCCAGAGUGGGUUUGGUUAAAAAUGGGAUGCAGAUACAUGGGUUGCUGAAGAAAUGCGAAUUUGGGUCUGAUUUGUUUCUUGGAAACUGUUUGAUCUCCAUGUAUGUAAAAUGUGGCUGCAUAGAGUAUGGUCGCCAAUUUUUUGACAGAAUGGCUGACAAAGACUCUGUUUCGUAUAACUCAAUGAUUGAUGGGUACGUGAAAUGUGGGAUGGUAGAUUCUGCACGUCAAUUAUUCCAUUCUUUGCCAGCAGGGAUGAGGAACUUGAUAACUUGGAAUACUAUGAUCGGUGGGUUUGUGAAGUUAGGGGAUGGUUUUGAGUCGGCUUGGGAGUUGUUUGAGAAAAUGCCUGAGAGAGAUGUUGUUUCAUGGAAUAUGAUGAUUGAUUGUUGCAUAAAGAGUGGGAAAAUGAGGAUGGCUCAAAUGUUGUUUGACACCAUGCCGAGAAGGGAUGUUGCCAGUUGGGCUAUUAUGAUUGACGGUUAUGCCAAAACCGGAAGUGUUGAUGUUGCUAGAGGCUUCUUUGAUGACAUGCCAGUAAGGGAUGUAAUUUCUUGCAAUGCAAUGAUGGCAGGGUACCUAAGGAACGGUUCUUAUGUGGAAGCGCUAAAAAUGUACCAUGAUGUGUUGAAUAAUAGUGAUUUUGAACCUGAUAAAACUACUUUCUUGAUUGCUCUUUCAGCAGCUGCACAUUUGGGCAACAUCAAUGAGGGGGUUACCAUACACAGUCAUAUGAAGAAUAAUGGUCUUUUUGCAGCUGGAAAACUUGGUGUUGCUUUGAUAGACAUGUAUGCAAAGUGUGGGGACAUCGAUUGUGCUUUGAGCGUAUUUGAGGACAUCAAAGAGAAAAGUGUUGAUCACUGGAAUGCUAUGAUUGGGGGAUUGGCUAUUAAUGGCUUGGGUGAGCUAGCUUUUGAUUUGUUCAUGGAGAUGGAGAGGCGUUGCAUAGAACCAGAUGAUAUCACUUUCAUUGCUUUGCUUAAUGCUUGUGGGCAUGCUGGCAUGCUUAAAGAAGGUAUUAUCUGCUUUGAAAUUCUAAGAAGAGUCCACAACAUGGAUCCGAAACUCCAACACUAUGGGUGUAUUGUAGACAUUCUUAGCCGAGCAGGACAUAUAGAGGAAGCCAGAACAUUUGUCAAGGAAAUGCCCAUUGAGCCCAAUACUGUGAUUUUGCGUACUUUAUUGGGUGCAUGUAAGAAUCAUGAAAACCUAAGCACUGGGGAGCCUCUUGCUCGGCAUCUAAUUGGACUGAAUUCCCUUAACUCAAGUUCAUACGUCCUUUUGUCAAAUAUAUAUGCUCAACUCGGUUUGUGGGACAGUGUUAGGUGUAUCAGGACAAUAAUGAAAGCAAAGGAUGUGAAGAAAUUCCCUGGCUGCAGCUGGAUUGAACUUGAGGGAUUAGUUCAUGAGUUCUUUGUUGGAGAUACAUCCCAUUUUCAAGUUAAAGAGAUUUUUUCUACGUUGAACAGAUAGGUUAGUUGAAGCUACGAGGCUUUGAAGCCUUGAAAUUUCUCGAUAUCAAAAAUGGGAAGCACAAUGUGAAUAAGUAGAUAAUUCUGUAGCCAUAACAACAUAUUCUCUGCUUCCGUCAAGGAUAUCCACAUCCUUCUGUUUCUCCUUGAUGCCAUACAGCAGCUAUUUUUUUCUCAUCCCAAGUUUAUGUACGAUAUGCAAAGUUCACUUAGUAUCUUGUAAGUUUAUGAUGCA